AUGCCUUCAAAGCCUGUAUUUCUUACUUGCCAUGAUUUGGGCUGUAAUCACUAUCAAUACGAAGAAUUUGUGGUGCAUUCAAAAAUGCUUCCAAUUAUGCAACGAUCGACAUGGGUUCAUAUUGAUUUGCCAGGUCAAGGAGAUGGUGAAGAAGAACUACCAUCAAAUUAUGUGUUUCCUCCGAUCAAUCGACUACCUGAUGCAUUUCGUGAUGUGCUAGCGAAUUUAAAAAUAAAGCAUGUGGUUCUUUUUGGUGAAGGUGCUGGAGCGAACAUUUUGGCACGGUUUGCAAUUGCUUAUGAUAAUCUUGUACUUGGGGCAAUAUUAAUUAACUGUACUGGAACACCGCCUACAUUUACUGAGUCACUUAGAGAUAAGUUAAUGAACUGGAAAUUAAGCUCAUCUGGUAUGAAUCCAGCCACUGAAAGUUUUCUAAUUAUACAUCGUUUCGGUUCGGUUGUUGAAACUGAGAGUGAAGUGGAGUUACGCAAUGCUGUUGAAAGUUUUCGUCAAAACUUGCGUCAUUCAAUUAAUCCGAAAAAUUUAAACAAAUUUAUCACAUCAUAUAUGCAGCGUAAAAACCUUUCAGAAAGUCUUCCCAGUCUAAAAUGUCCUGUAUUAUUGAUCACAGGAGCUUUAGCUUCACAUCAUAAAAAAUGUCGUCAAUUAUUUGAAGAUCUUGAAAAAAUACGUCGUGAUUCUGGUGGUCAAUCAGCUUCAAGUGAAUUUGUUAUGAUUGAUGAUGUAUCAAAUGUUCUGACUGAAAGACCGGAUAAGGUGGUCGACAGUAUGCAGUACUUUUUACAAGGAAUCGGAUUAUUAAGCAAUUUAAAAUUACAAAAAACACCAAUGCAAUUAAAUCGUCGAAUGUCAAUGGAAGAUUAUGAUCGACCAUUGGGUAAAACACAUUUUAUUAGUCGACUUUCACAACAAGUCCCUGAAGAGAAUACAACAUAA